CAAGGGACAUCGGGCCAAAGAACAGUCUCUAAACUCAGUCAGCAGUAUUGCACAGUUCUACGUGCCAGAAACUUCUGUUGGAGGCAUGAGUGUACAAGAGGCCAAGACCAGGAGGGCUGAGGUGAAGGUUGCUGUUGCAAUGGUGCAGCACAAUGUUCCCUUUGCCGUUGCUGACCAUUUCAGCCCCUUGUACAAAGAAUGUUUUAGAGACUCCCCUACAGCUCAGGGCUUUAAGAGCGCAAGCACAAAAACAACGUGCCUCAUAAAUGAAGCAGUGGCACCUCAUUUUAAGAAGGAACUGGUGAUGAAGAUGAGAGAGAAUCCCUUCACACUUGUCACAGAUGGCUCGAAUGAUACUGGUCUAGAGAAGAUGAAUCCUCUCACUGUCAGAAUCUUUGACACCAACAAAGUUGUGCACAGGUUCCUUGAUAUGUGCACCACCAGUGGGCGGAGCUGUGGCACCGCUGAAGUGAUCUACACAAAAAUCAAUGACACCUUGCAGGAAAAUGACAUCCCUUGGAGAAAUUGUGUAGGUCUCUCUAUUGACAAUGCCCCUGUAAAUACAGGUGCCAGAAAUUCAAUCUCAGCCAGAAUGUUGAAGGAAAAUGGCAGUAUUUACAUCCAUGGAUGCCCCUGUCAUAUCAUCCACAACACUGCCAAACAUGCGGGGCAGAAGUUUAUGGAAGUAAGUUCAAACAUGUACUCUCUAUAUUACCAAUCCGUUAAGCCCAAUGCCAUGUAAAACAGUUUGCUGAUAGUGUUGCAAUAGAUACUUGAAUUCAUGUAUUGCAGAUAUCCGGAUUUGAUCCAGAGGAUCUGACCGAGGAUGUUGGGUACUGGUUUAA